CAUAAUAAAUACUGUGGCUAACUUCCCCUACUCAGCCCAAAGUCUGGCUGCCCAGCCGACAUGAAGGCUUUCCUUAUUCUGGGGCUGCUCCUCCUUUCUGUCCCCAUCCAUGGGAAGAUCUUUGAAAGGUGUGAGCUUGCCAGAGCUCUGAAGAGAUAUGGACUGGAUGGCUACCGGGGAAUCAGCCUGGCAAACUGGGUGUGCUUAGCCAGAUGGGAGAGUAGCUAUAACACACGAGCUACAAACUACAAUCCUGGAGACAGAAGCACCGAUUAUGGGAUAUUCCAGAUCAAUAGCCGCUACUGGUGCAAUGAUGGCAAAACCCCGAGAGCUGUUAAUGGCUGUGGUAUAUCCUGCAACGCUUUGCUGCAAGAUGACAUCACUCAGGCUGUGAACUGUGCCAAGAGGGUUGUGAGAGAUCCACAAGGCAUCAGAGCAUGGGUGGCGUGGAGGAAUCGGUGUCAAAACCAUGAUCUCACCGAGUAUGUGCGCGGCUGUGGAGUUUAACUGCAAAGUUUUCCUUCUUGAGCUUACAUCGCCUCUUUUUUAGUGAAGAGAGUGAUAGUUAAGUGAAAGGUCACAUCACCAUUGUUUCUCUUCAAAUCAACAGAAUCUUUAUAGCAGCAAGAGCAAAGUAUAUGUUUAUUAAUGUGUUUAUUAUUGGAUGUUAACCUACAUUUUUUCAGUUUACUAACAGAACUAAUACUGGUGAAAAUUUACCUAUAACUUUGAUUCUCAAAUAUAUCUACAAUACUAUCAGUCCUUUACCAAGAAAAAACACAGACACUUUAUUCUGAAUAAUACAAGUACUGCCCAACAAAGGAUUUUGUUACAAAAAAAAAAAAAAGGCUAUCUUAAAGCAACGUGAACUCUGGCACAAUUUCAACAGAGCAAGCAUCUGAUGUCUUCACCUGUUCUGUCGUCUCUUAAAGCAGCAAAAUAAACAACUAUGUUGAGCCACAUCAGUCUUUAAAGGAGCAGAAUGCAGACUGAGUGAAUAAAGAAUUUUCGUGAAAAAUGA